AUGGCUGAUGAACAACCACAAGUGAAUGCAAAUGCACCAGGAGAAGGUGAAGAUAUUACUCCCGAUAAAGAUGGUGGAGUGUUGAAGUUGAUUAAAAGGCAGGGUAAUGGAGAUAGUACGCCACAAAGUGGAGAUGAAGUGGUUGUUCACUAUGUUGGUACUCUGCUUGAUGGAACUAAAUUUGACUCAAGCCGUGAUCGGGAUAGCUUUUUCAAAUUCGAACUUGGAAAAGGAAGAGUAAUCAAAGCAUGGGAUCUCGGUGUGGCUACAAUGAAGAAAGGAGAGAUUUGUCAGCUAACUUGCCGUGCUGACUAUGCCUAUGGGGAAUCGGGUUCUCCUCCCACAAUUCCACCCAACGCCACCUUGGUGUUCGAAGUUGAAUUAUUUAAUUGGAAUAUAAUAGAGCUAUCAAAUGAUGGUGGUGCUUCUAUGGCGAUGAUCAAACGAUGUGACAGUGAAUUCGAUACACCUGAGGAAGGGAUGGAAGUGGAAGUACAUAUCAAGGGUUCCAACGAAAGCAAUGUCUUUGAAGAUAAGGAUGUGCGAUUCUUUAUUGGCGACGGCAAUAGUGCUGGCAUAUUGCCAAUCAUUGAAACUGCUAUCCUCAAGUUAAAACAAGGCGAAAUAGCUGCUGUUUCCGUUUCACCUGCUUAUGGAUUCGGUGAAAAGGGCAAUACUGAGCUAUCGAUUCCCCCUAAUGCAUCUCUUGAGUAUGAAAUCGAACUAAAGUGGUUGGAAGAGCAAUUAACUCCUUGGAAUAUGGAUCAAGAUAAAAAAUUGGAAUGUGCACGGAGUCGCAAGAGCCGUGGAACGGAAUUCUUUAAAGCAAUGAAAAUGAAACUUGCCUUGAAGAGUUACGCUGAUAUUGCUAGUAUUUUGGCGGAUACCGAUGACUUUAGUGAUGAACAGAAAAGUUCAGCAUCUGAAUUGAAAUUGGCCGGUCGUUUAAAUGAAGCGGCAUGUAAUUUGAAAAUUGACGACUUUGACGCUGCUUGCUCUGCAUGUGAUAAGGCUCUUGAACUUGAUAAUAAUAAUAUUAAAGCGAUGUAUCGUAAAGCGCAGGCUCAAAUUGGCAUGAAAGAUUAUCUCAUUGCAUACAAAGGCUUGCAAGAAUUAUUGAAACUUGAGCCUGAAAAUAAAGCUGCCAAGCAGUUAUCGGCAAGAGCACUGCAUCUUCAUAAUGCAGAAAGAGCAAUGGAGAAAAAACGAUAUAAUAAAAUGUUUCAAAAAUUUGCUGAAGAAGAUACCCGUAAACAACCGCAAGAUCAACCAACGCCAGCAGAAAAUGUUACAGAUGAUGGCAACACUGAAGCCAAUGACAGUUAA